AACCUGGGGAUGCCUACGCGCGAGCAGUACAAGGCCAUCGAGCACGAGUACAUCCAGUCGCUGCACCCGCGCAAGCGGGAGAAGGCCCUCCUCAGCCAGGAGAUGUUCGACAUGGUCUGGGAGGUCCUGCACGACCCGCUCCGCUCGCGCGUCGGCUCGCCGCAGUUCCGCUGGUGGGUCCGCAAGAUGUUCGUUCUCUCGCAACCCGCCGCCGUCGACGGAAGCACGCCCGUGGUGCUGCAUGAGGAUCGCCCGGUCGCGCUGAAGGAGCAGAUUUACGAGGUGCUGUGCUAUUGCCAUGAUCUGUCGAACCACGGCGGGCGCGACAAGACGACGAUGGUGAUCCGCGAACACUACUCGUGGAUCCCGAAGGAGCUCAUCGCCCAGUUUGUCAAGGUCUGUCCGACGUGCAUCUACAAGAAGACGGGCAGCAGGGAC